CCUGCAGGCGAGGGCUGUGGUUUCUGACGGCAGGGAUGCCUGCAGGGAUUCAGACCUGGCGGCUCUCCCCCAGCAAGGACAGCACUGCCCAGCUCUGGAGUUUGGCUUAGAAGGGGCCUCACCUGGAUCCUUUUAAGGGACGUUUUGCUUUCUUUUUUUUCCCUAGCGUGAGCAGGUAGUAAAACGGGAGCCCUUCUGUGGGGAGAGGGCAAGGAAUGAGGCGAAGGCUGAACGGAAGCUCUAAGUAAAACAACCUCCCUCCCUCGGGAUAUGUCCCAGAAAGAAGAGCGGAAUUAGAAUGGGAUGGAUAUGGAAGCCGUCUCAGGGUGGGGGGAAGGUGGGUCUUUGAAACUUAGAAUUUGGAAAGAUGCUGUGGGCAUAAGUUUAGGCAAAACGGCAGAAUCAGAAUUUUAAGUCUUUGAUGAAUGUUUAGAGAGGAAAAGGUAGAAUAGCCUGUGCUUCUUAAAUUCCACAUGUAUUCCUUCAAGCCUUAGUCCCCUGUGUGGUGGAUGGUGGCGCUAUUUCUAGGGCUCAGAGAUAUACAAAACACAUGCUAUAUUAUGUUACUGCUGUAAAUAAAUGAGGAAUAAAUAGAUCUUUCCACGUAUAUUGGACUGAGAUAAUAUUUGUUGACUUUUUUGGGGGGUGUUUGGUAAUAAAUUGAGCAAAUUAGUGCAAAAUGGUGAGGGAGUAAUUUGUGUUCCCCUUAGGAUGGGUGGCAUAUCGCUAAAUAAGUAUGCCUGUGAAAGACCGUGCUACAUUUAUUGGUGCAGCUAAGACUCAGCCUCUCCUAACUCACCAUUCUAAGAAGAAUGUUGCUACUUUCUUUCCUAGCUAAGUGAUCCACAGAGAAGAUAAUAUAUAUCAUCAGUAGAAAAGCUUCCUGAAAGAAGAAAUUGUUCAAAAGAAAUUUGAAAGUAGCAAAAGUAUAAGACAAAGUUAAUUGACAGCAGAUACAGAGGACAGCAUGGGAAUUUUACUUCAUUCAUUUAUUUAAUGAAUUCAUUCAGAAAGACUCUGUUGAACGCCUGCUCUUGCCAGGUAUUGUCCUGGGCAACAGAACACAGUGGUGAACAAAAUUGACUCUCCUGCCCAUAUGCAGCCACAGCUGAUGAUGUCUUCCAGUUUCAGUGUACUUAGAGUUGGCAUCUCUUUUGUCAUGAUGUGCAUUUUUUAUAUGUCAGCAGUAGACUCUCUACCAGAGCUGAGUCCUCAGAAAUUCUUCAGUACAUUGCAACCAGGAAAAACUACCUUAGCUUAUUUUUGUCAAGCUGAUUUUCCAAGUACCUCUGUAUUUCUUGAAGAACUGAAUGAGGCUGAUAAACCUCUCCAGGACUAUGGAAUUUCAGUCACAAAGGUUAAUUGCGUCACAGAAGAAACAUCGAGAUACUGUGGAAGCGAAAAGAAUUUGAUGAAAGCAUAUUUAUUCAGGGGUCACAUAUUACUCAGAGAAUUCCCAACCGAUACCUUGUUCGAUGUGGAUGCCAUCGUUGCUCAUGUUCUCUUUGCUCUUCUUUUUAAUGAAGUAAAAUAUAUUACCACUCUGGGAGACCUUCAGAACACAGAAAAUGCUCUGAAAGGAAAAGCGAACAUUGCAUUCUCAUAUGUCAGAGCCAUUGGAACACCAGAGCACAGAGCAGUCAUGGAAGCUGCUUUUGUGUAUGGGACCACGUACCAAUUUGUCUUAACCACAGAAAUUGCCCUUUUGCAAAGUAUUGGCACUGAAGAUAUAGAAUACGCACAUCUCUAUUUUUUUCAUUGUAAACCAGUCUUGGACUUGACCCAGCAAUGUAGGAGAACACUAAUGGAACAGUCAUUGACUACACUGAACAUUCAUCGUUUUAUUAAGACAAUGGAAGCACCUCUGCUGACUGAAGUUGCUGAAGAUCCUCAACAAGUUUCAACUGUUCAUCUUCAACUAGGAUUACCACUGGUUUUUAUUGUCAGUCAACAAGCUACAUAUGAAGCUGAUAGAACAACUGCAGAAUGGGUUGCUUGGCGUCUUCUGGGAAAAGCAGGAGUUCUGCUCCUGUUAAGGGACUCUUUGGAAGUGGACUUUCCUCAGAAUGCUAAUGUGGUCUUCAGAAGAGCAGAAGAGGGAGUGCCAGUGGAAUUUUUGGUGUUAAAUAAUAUUGAUUUAAUCGUAUCCCGUGUGGAAAGUAAUAUGCACAUUGAGGAAAUGCACGAAGAUGAAGACAAUGACAUUGAAGGUCCAGAUAUGGAUAUUCAAGAUGAUGAAGUGGCAGAAACUGUUUACAGAGACAGGAAGAGACAGUUACCUUUGGAACUCACAGUGGAACUAACAGAAGAAACAUUUAAUGCGACAGUAACAGCUUCUGACAGCAUAGUGCUUUUCUAUGCUGGUUGGCAGGCAGUAUCCAUGGCAUUUCUGCAGUCCUACAUCGAUGUGGCAAUUAAGUUGAAAGGCACCUCUACUAUGCUGCUUACUAGAGUAAACUGUGCAGAUUGGUCUCAUGUAUGUGCCAAGCAAAAUGUUACUGAAUUUCCUGUUGUAAAGAUGUACAAGGAAGGCGAGAACCCAGUAUCUUAUGCUGGUAUGCUAGGAACUGAAGAUCUCCUAAAAUUUAUCCAGCUCAACAGGAUUUCAUGCCCAGUGAAUAUUACGUCUGUCCAAGAAGCAGAAGAAUAUUUAAGUGGGAAAUUACAUAAAGACCUGGUCUCCUAUUCUAGCGUGUCAGUACUGGGGCUGUUUAGUCCAACUAUGACAACAGCAAAAGAAGAGUUCACUGAAGCAGGAAACUACCUAAAAGGAUGUGUUAUCACAGGAAUUUAUUCUGAAGAAGAUGUUUUGACACUGUCAAAUAAAUAUGCUGUAACUCUUCCAGCCCUGCUGCUUGCCAGACACAAAGAAGGCAAAAUCGAGAGCAUUUCAUUAGCUAAUGUCCAUGCCCAAGAAAUAGUUCAAAUAAUAACAAAUGCAUCACUGGAAAUAUUUCCAGAAAUCACUGUGGAAAAUCUUCCCACUUAUUUAAGACUUCAGAAACCAUUACUCAUUUUAUUCAGCGAUGGCAGCAUAAAUCCUCAGCAUAAAAAAGCAAUAUUGACGCUGCUAAAAGAGAAACACUUGGAUUCACUUACCCCUUGCUGGUUAAAUCUGAAGAAUACUCCCGUGGGGAGAGGAAUCUUGCAGGCAUAUUUUGAUACCCUACCUCCCCUUCCUCUUCUUGCUGUGGUAAAUCUGCAUUCAGGCGGCCAAGUAUUUGCAUUUCCUUCAGACCAGGCUAUCACUGAACAGAACCUUUUAUUGUGGCUGAAAAAAUUAGAAGCAGGACUAGAAAGUCAUAUCAAAAUUUUACCUGCUCAGAAAUGGAAACCUCCUCUGCCUGCUUAUGAUUUUCUAAGUAUGAUGGAUGCUGCAACAUCACAGCAUCCUACUAGGAAAGUUCCUGAGUGUAUAAAAGAAACUGAUGUGCAGGAAAAUGAUAAAGAACAGCCUGAAGAUAAAUCAGAAAUCAGAAAUGAACGUACUGGAACACUGAGAACAAAGCAUUGGAAGAGAAGUAAUUGGUUUGAAGAAGCCAAAAAACAAUUCAGGCAUGAUAAUAAAGAAUUAUGAUGCUCAAAAGUCAGCUAAUUUCAUAGGGCUGUGGAAAGCUUUCUGAAGUAUUUUUGGCUUAUUUGAUAGACUUAAGAAUUUAUUUCAUUAAAAAGUAAUACUAUCUCACCACUAUUAUUCAACAUAGUUUUGGAACUUUUAGCCACAGCAAUCAGAGAAGAAAAAGAAAU